UGGACUAAUUUAUCUUGAAAAAAAUGUAAAUCAGUCCUCUUGGAGUGUUGAGUGGUAGCAGGUAGUGUCAAGGUGUCCACAUAUUAAACGUUGAAUUUCAGUAAGCGGUUAAAAUACUUUAAAAUGCUCUCGCUGGCGUUUACGUUGCAAAUUAGUAAUUAGCUGCAGCCGUUAGCUCGAUGUAGCUACUUAGCUACAACAUGACUGAAUGAAUGAAAACUUUACGUCCAUUUCUGAUGGAGAUAAAGUUAAAUUAACUGUUUAAAUCGCCGUUUGUUGAAGUAUACGCUCAGAAAGCCUUUUGUUUGUAGCGAGUGGGCUAAGCUAACGGAGUGCUAGCGUGCUAACGUUUGUGUGUCCGGUGGAAAUGGAAGAAGCAGCGUCGGAUGCACAAGAUGUUGAAAGAGCCAAGCAGUUCUGGGCUGAGGAGGAUGUGGAUCAGGUUUUUAACAGGGUUUUUGCAUAUCUGGGUCACCUGAGGAGAGUCCUGAAGAAGAACACGGCAACAGACAAAGAGUUGGUUCAGGCUUUGAAGCUACUGGAGUCUCUGGACUUGUCUCCUCCGGUCUCUGGUCAGGACUCCUCUGUGGUCCAGGUGGUCAUUGGUUCAGGUACAGUGCUGCCUGCUGACUUCUCAUACCACAGUCCUUUCUCCUGCCCCUCUACAUCUCCCCGGCCUGCCUCUAAUGGUCUGUCCAGGUCUGCAGCACCUCCCGCAGACAGGGAGGAGCUGCUGCCUCCCCUGGCCCCCAUCCAGCCGCAGUACCAGCUCCACACCUGCUGCAAGGCAUGUCUGCCCAUUCUGUCCAGAAUGGCCCAGUCCAUGCCUCUGUUCUGGGGGCAGAACCCUCUGAACGUGCCACUGCUCUGCGGCUUUAAGAGGAUGAGCGCCAUGCCUCUGAUGUCACCUGGAAACGGUACAGCCUCGGCCAGUGAGCGGGCGGAGCCUAAGGUCUCAGAGGAGGGGAAGGAAGAAGGUGUAGAGGACGGGGAUGUUCUUUACAAAGCGCCGUGUGGACAGAGCCUCCGUAACCAUGACGAUGUGAUGCGGUUCCUGUUGGCUACGAAGAGCUACGACGUCCUGCAGGUGGACUUCUUCACCUUUAACCCCUCUGUACGGUUGGACCCCCCUGCCACAAUAGGCCCUCGGCGUCCAGAGGUGGACAUGAGCCGUGGGGUGGAGCCCACACCGGUGGAGCUGUGCGCCGGGGAUAAUGGUGCCCGGCCCGCCGACUUCCGCUACAGGAGAGACCGCUGGCCGCACGGCUGCUUCCUGAGCCGCGGUCCCACGCUGUUCAACGCCUGCUGUGACUGCACCGACGGCUGCACUGAUGCAGAGCGCUGCACCUGCAUCGCAGUGACCAGAGGAGGGAGCUGCUACACCCAUCACAGGCUGACUGAGCCUGUACCUGCAGGGCUGUAUGAGUGUGGUCCGUGGUGCGGUUGUGAUCGGGCUCGUUGUCAGAACCGGCUGGUCCAGAGGGGGAUCAGAAUCCGGCUCCAGGUCUUCCAGACCAAAGACCGUGGCUGGGGUGUCCGUUGCCGUGACGACCUUGACCGUGGCACGUUCGUGUGCAUCUACGCAGGUGUGAUCCUGCGGAGGGUCCAGAGUCCAGCCGAGCCUCCGCCCCCGAAGCUGACGAGGGCCGACCUCCCCUCGGACGAUGAGGUGGAGGUGGUCACCGAGUGGCUCGCUCCGCCAGUUUUGGAGGGGCAGAGGAACCUGUUGGAGACCCCGCCACCCAUAUGCCCGCCCACCUCACCCCCACUGCAUGUCCCAGUGAUUCAGAGACCCGCCGACACCAACACCACAACGAUCACACCCCAGGACAGAGACAAGGUGGCUGCUGGUGACCAGUCUCAGGAGAAGAAGGUUGCCGUGACAUCAGCCAGUCCCAUGGCGGCGUCGGUGGUGACGGGCCACAGCGUGAGUGGCACCAGGACAGAAACGAACAAACAGAGGAGUUUAAAGAGAGCAGCCAAGGUGGAGGACGUUUAUCUUCUGGACGCCAGCAAGGAGGGAAACGUGAGCCGCUUCAUUAAUCACAGCUGCCGGCCGAACCUGUUCAUCCAGAACGUCUUCACUGAUUCCCACGAUCCCAGAUUCCCCACCAUCGCCUUCUUCACCAACAGGGUGGUGAAGGCCGGCACUGAGUUAACCUGGAAUUACUCUGCCGACACACAGACUGUCUCGCUGCAGAAACAGGAAAUGCCCUGUCUCUGCCGUAGUGACGGUUGUCAAGGUCAGUUCGCCAUCGAGGAAAACCUGUGUGACGUUUGCGAGGUCAAAGGUCAAAAAGCGACGGAGGCCCAGUGAUCCCACAGACCAGGUUCAGACACUCCACCUGUC